AUGAAGAAUGAAACCAUUGUGAUUGUUGGGGCGGGUGCCAACUUCUCUGCCAUUUCCGCCAGUGAUGAAAAUGCUCUGCGAUGGGAUAAGUUAGGAUACGCAUACCUUCUUGAUCUUGCUUCAAAGGAUGGCAAGAAUGCAUUUGUGAAGGAAAGCCCUUCAACUGAGUAUUGGGAUGAGUUGCCAUCUUCUACAAAGAUCGAUUCGAUGGCCAAGUACCUCAAAAAUUUUAAAGAGAUACCUGCAGGAGAUCUUCCAAAUGGCGUUGCGUAUGGGAUAGAAUUCACCACCGUAACGCUCAACGCACCUAUGCAUAUCAGCUAUCUCCUUCGGAUACUCACAGAGCAAUAUGGAGUUCAAGUUGUGCGACGAAAGAUUUCAAAUAUUUCUUCAGGCUUUUUGAGCCAAGAUACAAAGGUCGUUUUCAACUGUACUGGUAAUGCAUCGCGAGACCUGAGCGGAGUCGCGGAUUCCAAAUGCUAUCCUACCAGAGGUCAAAUAUUGCUUGCAAAGGCCUCAAAUAUUCAACGAAAUGUUAUGAGACAUGGCAAAGAUUACGAGACUUACGUGAUUCCCCGGCCAUAUUCCAAUGGAAAUGUUAUUCUCGGUGGCUUCAUGCAAAAAUGUGUCAGUACUGCAGACACGUUCGGAUAUGAAACAGAGUCAAUAUUGUCUCGCACAACGGCAAUGCUUCCUGAAUUAGCUUCAAGCGAGACUCAGAUAUUGACUGCGUUUUCUGGCUUGCGCCCAUCCCGCGAAGGAGGGGCACGUGUUGCAAAAGAGUUGAUCCAAGUGGAUAAAACUGGUCGACAGGGCAUAUUAGUUCACAAUUAUGGUGCCGGCGGAACAGGCUUCCAAGCUGGAUAUGGCAUGGCUGUUGAGGCAGUUGACAUCGUGACGGAAGAACUUCAAGCGCUUGUUACACAGGCUAGAUUAUAG